AUCUAGAAGGCACAGAGCUCACCAACACCAAUUCUAUCCUAUAUAUGUAUCAUAUGAAAACCUAUGUCAAUGUGCCUCAGAACCUAAGAAAUUCUAGCAAAAAUGGGUUCCCCUAGUGCCACCAUUAUCAAUGAGGAAGAAUGGCUUGUGGCUAUGGAGCUAAACACCUUCACCUGCCUCCCUAUGGCCCUCAAGGCUGCAGUAGAGCUUGAGGUGCUGCAGACCAUAGCCAAUGCAGGUGAUGGUAUUCAAGUUUCCCCUACCAAGAUUGUGUCCCAAAUUCCAAAUGUAACAAACCCAGAUGCUGCAAUUACUCUAGAUAGGAUUCUGAGAGUCCUAGCAAGUCAUUCCCUCCUCAGCUGUUCUGUAACCACAGACAAGAAUGGAAAGCCUGAGAGGCUCUAUGGUCUGACUCCUCUCUGCAAAUACCUUGUGCAGAGCAAGGAUGGUCUGUCCUUGGCCCCACUGGUCGUGAUGAACCAGGACAAGGUGUUUUUGGACGCCUGGCAUUAUCUUAAGGAUGCUGUUCUUGAUGGGAGCCAGCCAUUCAGUAAGGCACAUGGGGUGCAUGCAUUUGAGUACCCUGCCAAAGACCAGAGAUUCAAUAAGCUCUUUAAUAGGGCUAUGGCUGAGCACUCUAUACUUAAUAUGGGGAGGAUUCUUGAGAUAUAUGAGGGUUUUAAGGAUUUGGAGGAGCUGGUGGAUGUGGCUGGUGGAGUAGGGCAUACUCUUAAUAUUAUAGUUUCCAAGUACCCCAAUAUAAGGGGAGUGAAUUUUGAUCAGCCUCAUGUUGUGGCAGAUGCUCCACAGUUUCCAGGGGUAACCCAUAUUGGGGGAGAUAUGUUCGACAGCGUACCAUCUGGCCGGGCUAUUUUUAUGAAGUGGAUUUUGCACGACUGGAGUGAUGCUCAUUGUAUAAAGCUUCUGAAGAAUUGCCACAAGGCCUUGCCAGAGAAUGGAAAGGUGAUUGUAGUGGAUUCCAUUUUGCCAGUAGCUGCAGAGACCUCUUCCUAUGCCAGGCAGGCAUUUCAUGUGGAUCUUUGCAUGUUGGUACACAACCCAGGUGGAAAAGAGCGGACAGAGGAGGAGUUCAAACAACUUGCAAAAGUAGCAGGAUUUGCAGGAGGUGCAAAGCCCAUUUGCUGCGUUAAUGGAGUCUGGGUUAUUGAGUUCCAGAAAUGAUCUCAUCAUAUCUAAACCCCCCAAUAAAAAGUGAUCGUGAUAUCCACUAUGUGGGCCAUUAGCGUGAGUUGUAUUGAUGUGGGCCAUUUGCGUGAGGUGUAUUGUUGUUUAUGAGGUGAAAUGGCCCCACCUGAUACCUGGUUCCAAAUAGUUUAGAGAUCAGUGCUCCGUCAUUUAAUCUUCUGAAUAAUAUUUUAUAUAUUUGAGGUAUUUGUAAUGAUUUUUCAUUAACGGGAUUAGCUUUAUAUGAAUUAUGUUACAUUACAA